GGAGCAAGAGCUCCUCAAGAUGCAAUGCCUGACCACACCCACACUGCUGCGUGCCCUGGCCCAAGCUUUGCGCACAGGACAUGCUGCUGGCCGGAGCCUCCACAGCAGUACCAUGGUAGCAACCUACAAGUAUGUGAAUUUGCAGGAACCAGAGAUGGACAUGAGGUCAGUGACUGACCAGGCGGCUCGGACCUUGUUGUGGACUGAGCUCAUCCGAGGCCUGGGCAUGACUCUGAGCUACAUGUUCCGGGAGCCAGCUAUAAUCAACUACCCAUUUGAGAAGGGCCCACUAAGCGCACGCUUUCUAGGGGAGCACGCUCUGCGCCGUUACCCAUCUGGGGAGGAGCGCUGCAUCGCCUGCAAGCUUUGUGAGGCUAUCUGCCCUGCUCAGGCCAUCACCAUUGAGGCCGAGCCCAGGGCUGAUGGCAGCCGCCGGACCACCCGCUAUGACAUUGACAUGACUAAGUGUAUCUACUGUGGCUUCUGCCAGGAGGCCUGCCCUGUGGAUGCCAUAGUGGAGGGCCCCAACUUUGAGUUCUCCACUGAGACGCAUGAGGAACUGCUGUACAACAAGGAGAAGCUGCUGAAC